AUGGUUUCAUUGGGAAAUCAUUGGAAACGCUUUAUAUCAGCCUGUACCACUCCGUCUGCUAAUGCCACUAUUGGAAGUGGUUCUGUAACAUCAUCUGCUGGAAUUGUUAGCAAUGCUGGUUCAGCUGCUGCGGCUGGUGCUGGUGGUACACCGUCGACACAAAAUUCCCUACAGAAAUCACCAGUUGAAUGGCAGUGUCUAAAUGAAACUGUUAAUACCCUUUUAAAAGGAUGUCCAGUAUCACGUUUAGCUAUUUUAGACCAUUUAGCACCGUUGUACGUUGAAUACUUUGUUACUUGGUGGCAAAUAAAUUCUACAUCCUCGUCGAAUAGACCCCAAGAGACCGGCAAUGCAACUGUUCGUAAUUUGAGUUAUGAAAGUCAGAAUUUAAAUAAAGCUGAAGUUGUAUUACGUGAUCUCUUGAAGACGAUUCAUGAACUCAUCAUUCAAGACGGUACAAGUGAUCAUUUCUUUGCAGCAGUCUGUUCUUGGUGUCUUGUUUUAAUUAGACCGGUGUGUACAGCUGCACCAACUCAACUUUUAUCGAAUUUAAUGGACUUGCUUAGGUCGCCUAAUCGUCAUUCAGAUAACGCAAAGUUAUCUUCAACAUCCGCUAGAAAUAUUCAUGGUACGCGUUUAACUGACCGAGUAGCACUGGCAAAGUCUAAGUUGAAGAAUGCUUUAAAUACUGAUAAUUCAGCGGCUACUACUAGUGAUAAUAAAUCGAACAAUAACAAAGGAGUUAACUAUCAACGUACUGGGAAACACAAAUCAGAUCAUCAAUUAAUUAUAGUUUCGGAUUCGGACUCCUCCUCAAACUCGACUAGUGAUGAAGAUAAUGAAGAAGACGUUGAUGAAGGAGAAGUAGCAAGUGAAGAUAUACAAAUGGCUUCUGAUAGUAUUCACAAUACUGGGAAUAAUGAAACCGGUGAGUCGAAGCCGUCAUUUACAAAUUUAGACAAUCGAGAUCAAACUACUGAUAUUAAAUCGAGUAGCAAUAAGCGAAACGGUCAAAUACGUUUUGGAGUGGGAAAACUAGAUUCUUCUUCUGGCUUACCGAUUAAAGGGGAUUCUGUCAGUGAUCAUACAGUCAAUCUGGAUUUAAGUCCAACUUCUGCUGUAAAUCAACAAAUAUUAGGACUUUGGGUCAAGUGUCCUGUGGUUGUUGAUCUUUUGAACAUCACGUGUGAUUGUCUAUUGGGUUCAAAUAUUCGUUUGAGUUCAGUACAAGCAUUAUUGGCGUGUUCCACUGUUCCAAUUUGGGAUACAUCAUUGGAUAAUCCUAAGAAUUGUUAUUCAUUGGCUAAUUCAGUACUACCGCAUUGGAUUAUAAUUUGGUUACUGUACCAGGCAACACGUGAAAUUAACUUAUUGUCAACAGGAAUACAAAAAUUAAAUCAAUUGUUUGACUUGAUACUCACAUCUGCACUGCAUCCAUUCGAGCCAAAUGUUCUUCAGUCCACUUUGAUACCAGAUACUUUAGGAGGUUAUUUUCUCAAUGGGAUUUUGAUUCCAAUUUCUGGAUCACUGUUCCCAGAAUUUCUUGGCAACUGGUUACGCAUCAAAUUGGAUCCAAUUUUUUCAUAUGCUGUGCUUAUUUCAAAUGAAACUUCACUAGAAAUUGACAGUACAGAUAAACAAGGAUCUGUAUCUCAACCAAUGAAGUUGAUAAAUCUUCUGCUUAGUUUAAGUUUAAUUUCAGUGCCCAUUCCACCACAAUUUCCUCUAGAACAACAAAAAUCUUCAACCAGUAGUCAUCCAACAUGUGAUAUGAGUAUGGACCGACCUUUGAGAUAUCCACAUCCUCCUUCGAAAGGUUUCAAUUAUGGUGCGCCUGUCCCAUUUCGUCCACCUUGUGGGUCGAAUGAACGAGAAUGUGCACCAAUGUUACCUCGCUUCAACAUGCCAAUGCCGCCAAGGAAUAUGAAUCCAAUGUUACCAACCCUUGUCAUAUGA